UGUUGAAGAUGCUCUCAGGGUGAGCAAAGCGCCCAAUCCAACAUCUCUUCCCUUGCUCGUUCUUGCGUUCGAUUCGAUAUCUCUGCAGCCGCCCAGGACCGACCUCGGGACGCUCUGCACUCUGUACAUGUUGCUUCUCAUGACGAUGUGGACGUCCUCGCUUCGCUGGUCGCAGCACGUCGAGUCCCGCCGCUACGGCCCGGCCGUGAAAGUCCUGGUCACCUGCUUCUUCUUCACGUUCGUCACCGUCCUGCUGCAGGUGCUGCUCGCCAUUGCGCUGUCGGAGAAACCAGCGCCGGCGGUGCUUCCGACCGCCGUGAACCAGUGGAACAUGGCCAUCACCGUGUGGCUGUUCGGGGCCCUCUACUACGUGAUCUACGCCGACAUGAACAGCAGGUAUGCGACCCAGCCGAGCUACCGGGACCUGAUCAUCGCCGGGGUCGCCAGUGUUGUGAGCUUCGCCAUGACCGUCUACAACAUGCGGCAGGUUGCAAGCCUAGGUAGGCACUGGAUUACUGCCGCUUCGCCCGGCAAUGGAUCGUUGUCUGGUGUCGUGGUGGCGUUGGCGGCAGCUAGACCAGCCAAGAUAGAUGCAGCAGUAUAGCUCUGAAGAUGGAUUGGUGGUGGGUGGCUGCGGCGGCUUCAUACCCGGCAGGCGUCUUGGUUGAGGUGUUAACGAAAAUAUUCUAGAGUCCAUAUCUUGUACACGGUUUUGGUUAGAGAUAAAACCAAAUCGUAUUUGUACUUUCCUUCUUCUUGUUUCCCACGUAUGUAACAAUCAGAUCCUGUACAUGCCGUGAUGGAGGCUGUUUCCAUCCUAUAUAAACACGCAG